AUGGCGAAUACUGGCUCAGCGUUGCAUGGAACCCUGAUAGGUGACCUUCCCACUGAUGGGUUCAUAUACAGUGAGGACGCGGAAGCGGGGCGCCGCGUUGAAGAGAUGGAGGAAAAAGCCGUACCUUUCGCAUCUGAGGCAGGGUUACAAUUCUACAAGAUCAAUGUUCUGGAUGAUCCAGUAAGUAUUCAAACGAGAAUCCAAUGUGAUGAACUUUUGCCUCCUUCAGUGGAUGCUUACUUUCUCCAGAAUAAGCGCCGGAUACUCGAUUCAUGCUUCCCGUGGUUUGGUCUGGGACUCUACCGUACCUUUGGUGCAAUGAACGGCGACUAUGCCUUCCGGCAAAGCGAUCCAUACUCGAAAACCGAAUCAGUCUUAAUCCAAUUCUGGAGGAAGGGAUCGAAAGUCACUUUUUGGAGAGGCUCGCAUCUUGAACAAGUGGUUACCAUGAAAGGAGAGAAUAAUUUGUGGAGGACUCCUCGAGUGGCCCUCACAAAACUUGGUCUGAAGCCUGUUGAAAUACAUUUCGAAAAACGGUGGAUUGUACGUGAUAUUGUAAUUUCAUUAAGACACAUUCUAAUGUCACUAUCCAGUUCAAUUCGUGAUACUCGUCUCUUCGUGGAAGUCUCGACAGGAAGCGCUAUCACAUUCGGCAUUGCCGCGGAGGACGUGUUGAAGAAAUGGUGGACACCAAUGAAGCUUCCAAUAUCACUUCAGACAGUAGUUAGCGACAUGAACGGUCCUAAGUUCGGUAUGAACGUCGCUUAUUUCGAUGACGGUCACCACGAACAACCACGCAGUGCUAGCUUGCCAUCCGAUUUCAAAUCAACUCCUACUCGAACACUGAAGUGA